AUGGCCACAUAUGACCACGUCCCAAGGCAGCACCAGCAGCAUCAUCAUGGGGGCUCCAAGGCCUGGAACUUCUGCCCCAUGCCCUGGUGGAAUAAUAUCAACACUAACAGUAACAAUCAUAAUGGCAACUGGGCUUCUGCGGAUCGAAUCCCCAGUAACACCCAACAGUAUUAUGACGACCGUCUACCUAAUACAAAACAACAGUCUUUUGCAGCCAUUGCUAAGGCCUCUCUUCUUACAAGGAGACGCCUGCGGUUCGAUCCUGACGGCAAACUUUACUUCAUUUAUGAACCAGGGAAACAAGUUUCCAGUGCUGUGAGGAUCAAGAAUGUUAGCAGAUCAUAUGUUGCAUUCAAGUUCCAGACAAAUGCUCCCAAAAGUUGUUUUAUGAGGCCUCCAAAUGGCAUUCUAGCUCCAAAAGAGUCAAUUUUAGCAACGGUUAUGAAGUUUGUUGAGCAGCCAGAGCAUCCUCAAGAAAAGAAGACUAAGGACAAAUUUAAGAUUGUCAGUUUGAAAGUCAAGGAGGGGAUCGAGUACACUCCAGAACUGUUUGAGGAGCACAAGGAACUAGUGACCGUUGAAAGAGUUUUGCAAGUAGUGUUUUUGGAUCCACAACGCCCUUGUCUGGAGCUGGAAAAGUUAAAUAAACGGCUUGCAGAAGCUGAAGCUCUCAACCAAGCACGAAAGAAGCCUCAGGAUGACAACACUCCAAAGCCAGCAGCUCCUGCAGAAGGAGUUCUUGAUGAAUGGAAAGAGCGCAGGGAGAAAUAUCUAGCCAGGCAACAAGUGGAAUUAGCAGAUUCUGUAUGAAACAGGAGCUUUUGAAGGGCUAAGUGGAAUUGAAGUCAGUCAAUUGUAACUAUAGUUGCAGGAUGUUAUCCUGCUCAAAUAUCCCAUGUAAGGCGACUGUCUUCUAGAAAUUUGGGUGUAAAUACAGGUCCAUGAUCCCACCCAAGGUUUAUAGUAAUAAAAGAUAUUAUUAGUGAAGCAUAUAUUUGGACAUGCAUUGCUUAUGAUUUUUGUAGUGUUUGGCGAGUUUAGCAGACAUAGAGAUUUGUUUAUGUUCAACGGAGUUGCAUCAGUUUUCUAUGAUAUGUUUUCAGAGGGUGAAGUUCAACAUAAGAUACCAUUUGGCAUUUCCCGAUAGUUUUCUGUACUUUUAACCAACAUGAGAGGAUUGCCAGGAUGGUCUUUCUUGUAUUUUUUUCUGAAAUCAAUUUUAAUUCAUUUGGAUUUGUUUGUAGCCA